AUUCAUUGUUGUUUCCAAUACCGAACGAAUUUCGAGUCGAGCUCCGUUCUUUAUAUAUUUUCUAAUUAUCACGUCGCGAUGGAUCCUUCCAAUAGUAAAGUGGACAAAGAUGUUGCGGACAAAGUGCGCUUCCACCUGAGCAAGGAUGAACUGGAACGCCAGAUGCGGAUCAUCCACGAGAAUAGUGACUCAUUGGAUGGCAGGAGCCGGGCUUCCGGAAGCGGAACCAAUGGACGCAGUCGGAGCGCCACUUCGUCGAAUGGAUUGCCAAAGCAGGAAUCGUGGAUCUUCGAGAGCGUUGGCGGUUACUAUCUGCCCAAUGAGGAUGUGGCCAAGAUGUCGCUGGCACGUCAGGAACAGCUGCUGAUGAGGGAUCUCAUCUAUGCCUUCUCUGGAGUGCCCUCCUCGCAUGUUAAGCCCGAUAUCCAGGUGGAUCAGAUUGCCAAAAUGAGUGCCGUGGAUAUAGCCAAGGUUCGCUUUCGUUUGGAUGAGGUCUUUAAUGGGGCUUUUAGGGCCUUGGCCAAUGAUAUGUUGCCUUUGAUCGGGUACUACAUAAGUGUACAGAGUUUCAUUGAGGAGACCAAUAUGUCGCCAAGUUGCGGUAGAACUCGUCUGGCUUUGGCCACCGCCUUUGGUGACCAAAUGCAGGAGUACUAUGACCUGCAGGCCAAGUUGGAAACGGAUCUGCAGGAAAAGAAGUUGAAUCUCAAGGAUCUGGUGCGACAGGUGCGUCCCUGGUUGUCCACCUUGAAGGUUUUUUCCAACAUGGCCUGCAGUUCCCGGGGAAAAUUAACCAGUGCCCAGUUGCUCACCUUGUUGGAUAUGUUUUCCCGGGAGCAAAAGGCCAAUGAACCGGACCUCAAGGAAAGGGUCUCCAAAAUUCUGGGUUCUGUGACCCGCGUUUACAUGAAGAUUGUCCAGUUGUGGAUGCAAAAGGGUAUCCUUUACGAUACUCAGCAUGAAUUUUUCGUGGAGGACACCGAACGUUCCAAUGCACUGAGUAGCACUCUACUGACGCCGGAGAAAUGUUGCCACGCCUACUGGGCGCAGCGGUACCGCCUCCAUCCCGAUCGUCUGCCCGUUUUCCUGCUUCCCCAGGCGGAUGAAGUAUUUCUGGCCGGGAAGUACCUGAAUAUCCUGCGCCAGAGCAAUGUGGCCUUGAAGUUGCUGCAGCAGCCGCUCAGUUAUACUCCCGAUGAAACAGGACAUGUGGAGAUAAUCAAAACUAGCUAUGAGUUGCCGGCGGGGAAACUAUUGGAGGUUCUAGUGCAGAAACACAAUCUGCCUUUGCACCUUCGCAAUUUGAGGUCCUUCUUCCUGCUGAAGCAGGAAGGAUUCUCCGAGACACUAUUGGACAAAUGCCAGGAGCAGCUGCAGUGCAAUGUGGAUAGAUUGAUCCCGGAAAAUCUCCAGACCUUGCUGGUGGAGACCCUGCAGCAGUCCAACGACUCCUUCAAGGAUAUGCUGCGCUGUCAACUCAAAGAUUGCGAUGUGGCCACUCAAAUGGCCAGGAGGCUUAGGCCUGAAAAGUCUGAAGAGGAUAAAGAGAGCUCCAGCGAGGAGGAUCCACCAGAAGUCCUGAACCUUUGUGGCUACGAAUCCUUAGCUUUUCGCUAUGAGGCCAAGUGGCCACUGAGCUUUGUCCUUUACCCGGAGCUUCUCGAGCAGUUGCAAAUCGUGCAGCGUGUCCUGCUCUUCCUGCGCUAUGUGAAUCGCCAUCUGGCAGUCCUUUGGCCAACUCCUUCUGAGGUCACAGAUCGAGCUGGUGACCUCCGCCAGCGAAUGCUCAUGACUAUGCUGAAUUGCGAACACCACAUCAUCUUGGACAUCGCAGAACCUCGAUGGCAAUCAUUGAUUUCCACGGUGGAUAAGGCCAAAACUAUCGAUGAGGUGUUGAAUAAGUUGGAGACCACCGUAGAUGAAUCCCUACGUUUGGGACUUCUCUCCUCUGCCAACACUUUCGUAAGGGCUCUAUUUACCCUGGGCCAAGUGUGCCUCAACUUUUGUGGAUUCGUGGAAUCAGCACCCGGUGGCAGUUUAACCCAAGAACUUGAACAGGGCAUCCUUGAGUAUGAAGAGGAGUUCGACAGCUUCAUGUCUAGCAUCCUGGAGUUGGUGAGGGAGCUGGCCAAAACGAAUGAAUCUGACGAGCAGGAAUCCUGCAAACAGUUGCUCAAGCGCCUCCAAGAGUUUUGCAGAGAGCCCGAAUUGGCUUAAGACGAGGAUUUUUCUCACACAUGUUUCCUCAGUCGAUCAAUAGCGUGACCAGUGACCAAGCAGCCUUGCCAAAUCAGCCGUGCCUCCAAAUCUCCAUGGCCAGCCAACCACAAAAAAUAACCCAUGAAAUAUCAAGCGCUGUGUUUACACUUCCCAAUUAGCCAUUAUUUGGGACUUCAGAUUUACAAAACUUUAAAGAUACAUAAGGUACCAAAAAAUAAAUAAAUACAUGCAUAAAAGAGGUA